UUGGCCCGGACGCCCUUUCAUUAUUCCUCGGCCGGCGAUACGAUCGCCUGUACCUUUUUCCCUUGUUCCAUUUCCCUUCGUUUCUCCGUUGGUCGGAAGUAUGAGGUCCCUGCGGCGAUCGGCGCUCGCCCCGCUGUUCUUCCUCUUCCUCGUCGCCUCCUCCCAGUCUCUCCACCUGAAUCGCCAGAGGAAGCACAAGAUCGAUGGGCCCAUCAAAACCCUCGUCGUCAUCGUCAUGGAGAACCGCUCCUUUGACCACCUCCUGGGGUGGCUCAAGUCCACCCGGCCCGACAUCGACGGCCUGACGGGCCAGGAGUCGAAUCCCCUCAACGUGUCGGACCCGAGCUCGCCCUCCGUCCGGGUCACCGACGACGCCGUCUUCGUCGAUUGGGACCCGGGGCACUCCUUCCAGGCGAUCCGGGAGCAGAUAUUCGGGUCCAACGACAGCUCCUCCGACCCGAACAUGAACGGGUUCGCGCAGCAGGCGGAGAGCAUGGAGGAGGGCAAGUCCAGGACCGUCAUGAGCGGGUUCAAGCCCCACCUCCUGCCGGUUUACACCGAGCUGGCGAACGAGUUCGCGGUGUUCGACCGGUGGUUCGCUUCCAUGCCGUCCUCGACCCAGCCGAACCGGUUCUACGUGCACUCGGCGACCUCUCAUGGCGCCACCAGCAAUGUCCGCAAGGACUUGGUUCACGGGUUCCCUCAAAAGACGAUAUUUGAUUCUCUGGACGAGAAUGGGCUCAGCUUUGGGAUAUAUUACCAGAAUAUCCCCGCUACCCUGUUCUUCAGCGGCCUGAGGAAGCUGAAGCACGUAACCAAGUUCCAUAGCUACUCGUUGAAGUUCAAAUCGCACGCCAAAUUGGGCAAGUUGCCUAAUUACGUGGUGGUGGAGCAACGUUACUUCGAUAUGAAUGUCUUUCCGGCGAACGAUGAUCACCCGUCGCACGACGUGGCGCUCGGACAGAGGUUCGUGAAGGAGGUGUACGAGACGCUGAGGGCGAGCCCGCAGUGGAAAGAGAUGGCCCUGUUGAUUACUUAUGAUGAGCACGGCGGGUUCUAUGAUCACGUGCCCACGCCGGUCUCUCACGUGCCUAGCCCCGACGGCAUCGUCGGGCCCGACCCGUUUUACUUCCAUUUCGACCGGCUGGGCAUUCGGGUCCCGACAAUAUUGGUCUCUCCGUGGGUCGACAAGGGUACUGUGAUACAUGAGCCUCAGGGGCCGACAGCACAUUCACAGUUUGAACACUCAUCCAUCCCUGCAACUGUCAAGAAGCUUUUCAAUCUUAAGUCAAACUUCUUGACAAAGAGAGAUGCAUGGGCUGGCACGUUUGAGAGGUACUUCUACCUGCGUGACACUCCGCGAGACGAUUGUCCAGAAACCCUUCCAGAGGUUACCACACAACUUCGGCCAUUUGGGCCAAGGGAAGAUGCUAAACUCUCCGAGUUCCAAGUUGAAAUGAUCCAACUCGCGCAACAGCUGAACGGCGACUACGUGCUUAACACCUAUCCGGACCUUGGCAAAACCAUGACAGUACGCCGAGCCAACAGAUAUGCGGAGGACGCGGUGAAGAGGUUCCUGGAAGCUGGAAGGGCUGCUCUAAGAGCUGGAGCCAACGAGUCUGCGAUCAUCAAGAUGAGGCCAUCCCUCACAAGCCGAAGCGCGGGAGGACAUCAGAGCUGGUGCGAAGAGCUAUGAAGGGAUUUUUCUUGCCAUCGCUGUCUGUAUAUAACCACCAGAUCAAUAGUGAUGCUUCUGUUGUAUGUAUUAAGUUCAAUGAGAUCCUGCUACUAUGGGAUCUGCUCAUUAUUGGGCACUAAUAGAUUCAGGUGAAGUAUAGUUAGAGACUGGCAAAUGGAGACCAUGAAAGACUCUCAAGAAAUUGCAGUUGGCAUUUUAUGUACCCUAUAAAUCAUAGUGGCAGUGCAGGUUUAGUGA